GCUGUUGGAGGUGAAGCGGCGCGGGGAAGGUUCCAGAAAACAACAGCCGACGGUCAGGCCCUGACCCUGACCCCCCCCUCAAAAACACAAGCCUCAACCCGUCGUCAAAACGCCUGGAAGAAGCGCCGGCGAGAUCCUGUCGCUAUGGAGGCUCCUCCUGUCACCGUGCUGCCGGUCACCGGUGGGACCAUCAACAUGAUGGAGUACAUCUUGCAAGGCAGUGUGCUGGACCAGAGUCUAGAGAGCCUCCUCCAUCGCCUGCGCGGUCUCUGUGACAACAUGGAGCCCGAGACCUUUGUCGAUCACGAGCUGGUUUUCCUGCUCAAAGCCCAGCAAGGCAGCCCGUUUAUCCUGAGGGCUCGGCGUUCGGUGGAUAAACCCACUAUGCCCUGGCAUCUCCGCUACCUCGGGCAGCCGGAAAUCGGGGAUAAGAACCGAUCGGCGCUGGUGCGGAAUUGCGUGGACGUUGCCACCUCCGACACCUUGAAUGAAUUCCUGAUUGAGAUGGGUUUCCGGAUGGACCACGAGUUUGUCGUCAAGGGACACAUUUUCCGCAAAGGGAUGAUGAAGAUCGUGGUGUCCAAGGUCUUCCGGAUUCUUCUCCAGGGAAACACGGAUAACAUUGAGCCCCUGUCCCUCUCGUACCUGGUGGAACUGAACGUGGUAGCGCCACCCGGGCAGGACGCUGUCUCUGACGACAUGAAGAAUUUCGCCGAGCAGUUGAAGCCUUUGGUUCACCUGGAAAAAAUCGAUCCGAAAAGACUGCACCAGGCUUAGAGAUGACUCUGUCGCCUUUCUGUUUUCUGUAACACGUUCAUAACUUGGAAGCAGGAACUUUGUCGAGUGCUUUGAAAAACGGUGAUAGCGCAACCCACGUUCAUGCGUAUGUUGAGGUCCCCUGCGAUUACUCACCUGUCACCCAGCUCGGGGCCAAAGCCCUGACUGUCCAGCGCCUUGGGAAGUCCUCCUGACUUGAAAAGCGCUGUGUAAACGUCAUUUGUUAUUGUUGUUGUGCUGGGAGAGUUAAUCUUUGUUUGUCUUCUACAGUCGGAACCCCGUUAUAAACGAAACCAGAUCUCGUGUUCUAGCAGGUUUCCCUAUAGAGCAGCUCCUGGGUUGGGAAGUGCCAUCGACAGAACUGAACCAUGUUGUACAGGCAACGACUCCAGCCCUUGCGAGCGGUCGUUGAGACAUCGGGAAGGUUCCUGUACCUGCAGGCCUUUGCACUGGAAGCUGGAAUGUACCGCACCUCCCACCUACACUGGGACCACUGUGUGCAGACGCUCUGUACAAUCUGCACUUGUUCCUGCGUUAAGAACAUAAGAAUUUGCUGGGCAAAAGAAAACCAUGGUCCAUCCAGUUCUCCUUCCACCAUCCUGGCAGUCGCAUGAUAUGUCAUGUCCUAAAUCAUGCACUGUAUCCCGAGAUAUUAUUUCCUAACAGAAAUUGUUCCCUCCCUAAUAAUGUGCUGCUCACACUAGGAACAGUCCAGCACAACAUUUGCUCCUGGUGCUCAUCCAAUACUGCUCUCGAUUUAGCUCCCAGGAACCGUUGAGAGAGAGAAAGCAAAGGGGAGCGAAUACUCCCUUUAUUGUUCUUUCUCCUCCCUCCCAGUUGUGGAGGAAGCGUCUGGCUGACCACGAAUUGUAUUGCUGAGUCCUGGAAUUUGUCAACGUGGGCAACUAUGGGCUUGUACCCAUUCUGUAACCCUGCAGCCAUGCAAAUCUGGUGUGUAUGAGAAAUGCUCAUUGUUAUUUGUGUUUGCUGUUACUUGACGCUGUAUCUCUGACGUCCCCAGUUUAUCUGUAUUAUUUGCCCUCGGUUAUUUCCUUGAGGUGUGUAAUCUUAAAGAGUUUUUUCCUCUUUUGAGCAUUGAGAGAGUCACGGGUAGGCUGAGGAAUCGAGCUGAGAUGUCUUGUGAUGGCAACAAGCUUUUACUGCCUGGAGGAGGUUCUAGUGCUUUACUGGGUGAUUGAAGAGGGAAGACUGGGAGGUGAUGACGCAGUGUUUUUUUAACAGAGGAGUGCCAUUUCCAGUUAGUGGAGCUCACAAUUAAAUCCUAUUAAAGGUUUCUAUUCUGAGCAGCCUGGUUUCCGACACAUGGAAACCCAAUCACUGCGCUUCAGAGUAUCCAAAACCAGACCGAGAUUUGGAUGCAGGUUGAGAUGCAUCACUGAUGUACACCUUUUGUGUAUUAAAAAUAAGUGUUUUGGAUUUCCUUUGCUUGCUGUUACUGUAGGUGUGAUUGUGGGCAGUGUGUAACAUUUGGGAGAGUUUAGUCAUAAGCACAAGACAAACAGUGCGCCAAAUGAUAAGAAAAUCACAGUGAACGCACUCCAUCCAAUCUGGUCCUUGUGGGAAUAUUUGCCCAACAAAAUGAACUGAUUGUAGGAUCUUAAAAUAACUUUGAAAGUCUUAUUGAUCCUGUAAUGUGGGACGAAGGAAACUUUUAGUUUUUUCAGUCUUGUCGUACCUUGGCUGCCUACUUAGUUUCUUUACGGUGUGGUGUGUGCCUGUGUUUUUGUCUCCGUGUGCAUUUUGUGAUGACGCAGAAAAUCAUCAGCUCCCAAAGACUGUGCACUCUUAUCAACCGUGAAAAUAUUAUUUAGACUUGCAAUGUC